AUGUCGAAAGUGACGCAGUGGAAGGCCAUGACGGUCAUGACCGUCGACGGCUUCGGCUAUGCCCUGGCCAAGUCAUCGCAGGUUUUCCUUAUUGAACAGUCCCUAUGCCGCAACUUCUACUCCAUCAGCGACCCUGGCGUCAUCCUCCCAGACGGCAGCGUGCCGGAGGACCUGUGCAAAAGAAAGGACCUGCAGUCCAAGGUCGCCCUCAUGUCCAGCACCUUCGAUUUUACCCUCUUGAUAGCUAGCUUCUUCGCCACUCCGGUCUUUACUCACUUGGCGUUGACCGUCGGAAAGAGAACCGUUCUCCUCAUCAAUUCUAUGAGUUACAUGUUGCGCAUGAUAUUGUUUACGGCCGUGGUUUACUUCCACACCGUCACUGACAUCCGCUGGGUGCUUCUGCUAUGGGUUCUGGAGCUCGUAGGAGGCGGCAUGCCGGUGCGAGAGGUCUUGCUGUGGAUGUACAUGGCAGAGAGCGUUCCCGAAGACGGACUAACGGGUGCUUUUAAUAUCUUGAGCUCCUUUCUGAUUGGAAUGAUGUCGGUCGGCACAUUCAUCGGCUCUAUGCUUCUCAGGCACCACGUCUGGGUGUUGUGCUCGAUCGUCAUCUGCGUUUGUGCCAUAGUUGUCCUGCUAAUCUGCCUGCUUCCAAAUGGACCGAAGCCUCUAUAUCCUGAUGAACGCAACAUCUUGGCCGAGGAGGAAGGCACUCAACACUCACCCAUCUCAGAAAGCAGUUCACUCCUUAGUGGGGAGGACGUCCAUGCCGCCUCGCCUCGUCCCCCUGCUUUAUGGAAGUCUGUCCUUCGUGCUUCCACGGUUGAUCUAUACUUGUCCCUACAGCUCAUCGUGCAGGCUCUCCGAAAUCCACUCACUCUUAGAGUUAUGAGCAUGUUUUUUACUUACACCUUAGCCGGGACUGUCUCCAGCACAUCGCAGCAAUGGGCAUCAAGCACCUUCCAUGCGAGCUUAGCCAGUAUCGACAAAAUCACGUCUAUGGAACAAAUCAUGUCUGCCAUUUUCCUGUUAAUCCUGCCCAUCGUUUCGCAACGGUUGUUACGACCACGCUUACGAGGCAAGCAGGAUACAGAUCUUUGGGUCAUUAUGGGCAGCUUGACGGUUGGUGCGUUUGGCGCCCUGAUCAUCUCCAUGGCGCCAUCUCUUAAAAUUUAUGCUCUGGGAGUAGCCGUUGGUGCCUGCGCCGUUGGAAUGGCUGACUCACUGCGAUCGUUCGCUACCAGUGCCUUAUCUGACACCGAGUCUCUCCAAAGCCUCUAUAUGUGCAUUCGGACCUUGCAGUCUUUGGCAGCAAUUGUCGGUACCCCGUUGUGGGGAGGCAUUUUCCUGCUUAUCCUGAAAAGUGGCGGAGCACUGCCACCAGGUUUCCUGUACUUUUCUACUUCUCUCGUCUUUCUCUUCACUCUUUACUUGGCGAUACCUUUGCGCAAAUAUAGGCUGGGCCAAAUAGAGAUGGAACCAUGUGUGAGAUGA